AUGCCUUACAGAUUUAAAGUGCGAUACGAACCUGGUACAGGGAACAUUGCAGAUGCAUUGUCGCGAUUAGUGGGUACGCGGAAUGUCGGUCAAAGUAAACUGAAAAUGGAAACGGAGAAUUACAUUCGUUUCGUAGCAAGGGAGGCUACUCCGUCAGCUUUGAUGACUCAUGAGGUGGAGGAGGCCUCAAAGGAAGAUGACGAACUGUCUAUGGUGAGAGAAUGUAUGGAAUCUCGUAGGUGGGACAAAACGUGCACACCAUAUUAUCCGGUGAGAGAUGAACUUAGUAGACUUGGAUACCUAGUACUACGUGGAACGCGACUAGUCAUUCCGAAAUACUUAAGGAACAAAUGUAUUCAACUUGCUCACCAAGGACACUUGGGCAUAGUAGGAACAAAACAACAAUUAAGGACCAAGGUAUGGUGGCCUCAAAUGGACAGAGACGUUGUUAAACAUGUAAAAUCGUGUCAUGGGUGUCAAAUAAUUACCGGAACGGUACACCCAGAACCGUUAAAACCUACAGAGUUGCCUAACGGACCAUUGCAAGACUUCGCCAUUGACUUACUGGGACCGCUUCCAACUGGUCAUUAUGUGUUUGUGGUAGUAGACUACUAUAGCCGUUACUACGAGAUUGAAAUCAUGAAAGAUACCACAAGUACAAAGAUCACAGAAAGUUUGGAGAACAUGUUUUGUCGUCAUGGGAUACCAGUAUCUAUAACGUCGGAUAAUGGACCACAGUUUAAGGCUGACCAUUUUAAAGACUACAUGCGAGAAAAUGGAAUUAUACACCGCCGUGUUACUCCAUUGUAUCCAGCUGCGAACGGCGAAGUUGAACGCCAAAAUCGUUCACUGAUGAAACGUAUCAAGAUCACGCACGCGCAGUCAAAAGACUGGAAGACAGAAAUACGGACAUAUCUAUUAGCGUAUAGGACAACACCACACAGUACGACCGGAGUAUCUCCUGCGGAGUUGAUGUACGGGAGGAAAUUGAGGACAAAACUGCCUCAAAAAGAACAUUUAGGAAAGAGUUUGAUCGAUGAGGGAGUACGUGACAGAGACGCGCACAUGAAAUAUCGUAACAAGAUAUAUAUUGACGCGAAACGUGGUGCUCAAGAUUCUGACUUGAAAGUCGGAGAGUCUGUACUGGUGAAACAGAAACAAACAGACAAGUUUAGCACACCAUUCUGUCCUACGCCCUACACACUAGUUGAGAAAAACGGAAAUAGCUGCACUGUUGUGUCGAAUGAUGGCGUGUGUUACAAAAGGAACAGCACGUUCAUUAAACCAUUCCAAACACCAGAGGACAACCUGGACAAGCAGCUGAGUGGAAGUCCAUUGGGAGUCAUUGAGGACAUCCUGGACAAGCAGCCGAGUGGAAGUCCAUUGGGAGUCAUGGAGGACAACCUGGACGACGUCGAUGAUGAUCCGCCACAAGAUAUCCAGACAGAGACGUUGUCCAGGCCCAGGAGAGAUGUUAAACUUUCCGUGAAGUUUAAAGACUUUGUUAUGAAAUAA